GAACUCCCUGCCUGAUGCCAAACAACACCAACAGAAACAUGCCUGCUCCUAAAAAAGGAGGAAGAAAAGGAAGCAGUGCUGCAGAAGAAAAGUUGCCACCGUAUGAGCCAAAUAUUCCUGAGCCAACUACCAGAGCCGAUUUCAUGAAACACUGGUUCCCUGUUUCUCUGGAUGAUAAAACUGCACAGAAGCUGUUGUGGAUUUCUGAGAGCAGCUCCAAAGUGGCUCGUACAUCUGAUGCAGUCUGUCCUUAUCCAAACAGGCCUGAGAGAUAUGAGGAUUCCCCACAGGUGCUUUGUAAGGAAGGCUUGAUUGGCUUCCGAGGCUAUUGGGAGGUGGACUACGAAGGCUGGGUGGUUAUUGGGGUGGUGGCAGAGAGUGCGCCACGGAAAGGUCAGGAGGUGUCCUGCGGUCUUGGGGAAAACAAAGGCUCCUGGGGGGUCGGCUGGUCAGGCUCCUGCUACCAAGUCUGGCACAACAGCGACAACAUUGAUGUCCAGCUCCCGUGUUCCUGCACCAUAGGGGUCUAUGUGGACCAGCCGGCCGGGGUCAUCAAGUUUCUCUCGGUGGAGGGAGACUCUCAGAAGGAGGUCCGGCUCAUCCACAAGUUCAAAGCCAAAUUGGAGGAGAAAGUUUUUCCCGGGUUCUGGAUCGGCACAAAUUCCUUCUGUCUCAUCCGGAAAAAAGAUCAGUGACACUCUAAAGGGAAUGGCAUGUUUGGAUGGGGCAGUAGGGAAGCUUUUAACGGAAAGUGCUCAGAAUGUGUUCAACUGAAUACAUGGUGACAUCUUUGGAGUUUAUUUCAUUGAAUGCAUGAAAACAUUUUAAAAUGAAGGUCUGUUUAUACCUUUAGGCUUUUAUUUGUUCUUGUUCAUCUAAUUAUGGAAAUAAUAAAGUUGGCUGUUUUUAUCAAAAU